CAGAGGCAAACAAAAAGGGUGGAAAGAGGGAAAAGCGAGGGAGAGAGAGUGAAACAAACUCAAAAGCGAAGAUGAACAAAACCGAUGAAGUAAAAAGAGAGAGAGAGAGAGAGAGAGAAUGAGGAGCUAAUAGUUGAAAUUGAAAAUGUUACGCCCAGACCCAGCAACCAUUCCUCCGUAAAACAAACUGAUAUCUUUAAUGCAUUUAAUCUAGGGUUCUUCGCCUUUGGUUUUUCUUCUUUCUUGGGUCAUAAAAAGUUUGUUUCACUGUCACUUUUAUGGAUCGGCAAUGAGAAGUUUGGCCAAAGACAAACUGAUAUCUUUAACACACCCAAGUCUUUACCUUUCCCAUCCUACCGUCGAAUCCUUCGUCUGGAACACUAUCAUUCGAGCCCGUGUCCAAGGCAAGGCUCCUCCCGCUAAUUCUCCCGUCUCCAUAUUCCUCCGCAUGCGGUUUCACGGCGUCCCCCCCGAUUUCCACACUUUCCCUUUCCUGCUCCAGUCUUUCCGUUCUUCAUCUCACCUUCACUCUGGACGGAGCAUUCAUUCCCAGAUCAUUUGCUUCGGACUCGACGCCGACCCGUUUAUCCAAGCUUCUCUCAUCACCAUGUACUCCGCUUGUGGCAAUCUGGGUUUCGCCCAACAAGUAUUUGAUGAGAUCCCCCAACCGGACUUACCCUCCAGGAAUUCCAUGUUGAAUGCCAAUGUUAAAGUGGGUCGCAUCGAUGUUGCACGCGAGUUGUUUGAUGAAAUGCCUGAACGAAACGUAAUCUCUUGGAGUUGUAUGAUGAGUGGGUACGUUAGUUCCGGUGAUGGCAAAGAAGCGCUUGCAUUGUUCAGGGAGAUGCUAAAGGGGGAAGCCGAGGACGUUAGGCCCAAUGAGUUUACCAUGACUGUUGUGCUCUCAGCUUGUGGGCAGCUAGGUACACUUGAGCAUGGGAAACGGGCUCAUGCCUAUAUUCACAAAUGUGGGAUAGAGGUUAAUGCGGUUCUAGGGACUUCUUUGAUUGAUAUGUAUGCCAAAUGUGGGAGCAUUGAAAGGGCAAGUUGGGUGUUCAACAAUUUAGGACCCAACAAGGAUGUCAUAGCUUGGAGUGCCAUGAUCUCUGGUUUGGCCAUGCAUGGACACAGUGAGCAAUGCCUUGACUUGUUCCCAGAGAUGCUGAAUCAUGGGGUGAGACCUAAUGCUAUUACAUUCGUAGGUUUGCUCUGUGCUUGCGUGCACGGGGGUUUAACCAGUGAAGGGGAGUCUUAUUUCCAGAGGAUGACAAUAGACUUUGGCAUUACUCCUUUGAUUCAGCAUUACGGUUGCAUGGUCGAUCUUUAUGGAAGAGCUGGUCGAAUAGAGGAGGCAUGGAAUGUUAUAAACUCCAUGCCAAUGGAGCCUGAUGUGCUUGUAUGGGGAGCUCUUUUGAGUGGGUCUAGAAUGCAUGGGGACAUUAGAACAUGUGAAAUUGCCCUUAAGAAGUUGAUUGGUUUGGAGACAACGAACAGCGGAGCCUACGUCCUUCUAUCGAAUAUGUAUGCAAAGACUGGUAGAUGGGAGGAUGCCAGGCACAUUAGAGAUCUGAUGGAGGCAAAAGGGAUUCAAAAAGUUCCCGGUUGCAGCAUGGUUGAGGUGGGUGGUGCCAUUCAUGAGUUUUUUGCGGCAGAUGAGUCUCAUCCAGAGGCAAAAGAAAUACAUUCAAUGCUUGAGGAGAUUAUGAAGAGAUUGAAGAUGGAGGGUUAUGUGGGCAACACCAAAGAGGUACUGCUGGACUUGGAUGAAGAAGGAAAGGAGAUGGCACUCUCAGUUCACAGUGAGAAAUUGGCUGUUGCCUUUUCCAUUUUGAAGACACGUGCAGGUACACCAAUCCAUAUAGUGAAGAACCUUAGGAUAUGUUGUGAUUGCCACGCUGCUAUGAAAAUGAUUUCUAAGAUCUUUCGUAGGAAGAUUGUUAUUAGAGAUUGCAAUAGGUUUCACCAUUUUGCUGAUGGCACAUGCUCUUGCAAAGAUUACUGGUGAACGAAUUGAAGCUGAUGCCACAUUCUUCUAUUUACCUUCUUUAUUUUCAGGGAAAAUUUUAUUCAUAUUGUUGUGGGGUCCUGUUCAACAUUGAUGCGCUUACCUUUACCUCGCACGUUUCCAUUU